GGCGGUGCGGGUGUCCCGGGAAAGUCGUGCCCGUGUUGCCAUCGGCUCGGAGCGGGAGCGGCUCCAGGAGCGGCAGCGGCGCGGUCGGGGGCUGCCGGGUGCGGGUGCCCUUCGGGGCGAUACCCACUGCCCCGCCCGCCCCACGGCCCCCUGCCCUCGGUGCCGGGGAUGACCCUGAACACGCAGCCCGGGAGCCGGAGCCCGCUGCGGCGGAGGGCCAGCACCCCGCUCCCGCGGCCGGGUGGCUCUGGGGCCACUUCGCGGAGCGAGCCCUAUCACCCCCAGCUCGGCCACACCGCCUCCGAGCCGGGCGGCAGGGCGCCCCGCGGCAGCUGCUGCCCCGACUCCUCGGGCUCCCCGAGGCUCAGGGAGCCCCGGUACCGAGUGGUGCUGCUGGGGGACCCCGGCGUGGGGAAGACCAGCCUGGUCAACCUCUUCGCCGGCGUCCAGGAGAGGGACCUGCUGGACCAGCACGGAGGGGCCGCGUACGAGCGCAGGCUGACCGUGGAUGGCGAGGAGACCACGCUGCUGGUGCUGGACACCUGGGAGUCAGAGCGGCGGGGUGAGGAGAGCCAGCGCCGCAGCCACUGCCUGCAGGUGGGGAAUGCCUACAUCAUCGUGUACUCUGUCACCGACCGGGACAGCUUCGAGAGCGCCUCAGAGCUGCGCAUCCACCUGCGCCGCGCGCGCCAGGCCGAGGACAUCCCCAUCAUCCUGGUGGGGAACAAAACCGACCUGGUGCGCUGCCGGGAGGUGUCCGAGGAAGAGGGCCAGGCCUGCGCCGCCGUCUUCGACUGCAAGUUCAUUGAGACGUCGGCGGCUCUGCAGCACAACGUGGCCGAGCUCUUUGAGGGGGUGGUGCGGCAGAUCCGCCUGCGCCAAGGGGGCAAAAAGUCCCACCUGCACCCCCCGCCCGGCCAGAAGCACAAGGAGAGCCUUGCCAGCAGAGCCCGGCACUUCCUCGACAGGCUGGUGGCCAGGAACAGCAGCAAAGUGGCCCUCAAGGUCCGUUCCAAGUCCUGCCAUGACCUGUCUGUGCUCUGAGAGCCACGGUCCUGUCCCUCCACACGCGCCGGCUGGGACUCUGCUCUCUGCCAGCAGCGUGGCCAGUGGCUCUGCGAAGAGCUCAGACGGGGCUGGAGUGAUGCUGAGCAUGCGGAGCUGUUUUCACUGGUGCUGAGGGAUGUAAAGGUGCUCUGGAUCCGGCCACUCCCCUCCAGGAGAGGGGAUAAGUGGGCUCAGGUCCAUGGAGUGGAGGAUGGAAUGGGUACCUGCACUUGGAGUGGUGAGGUUUUGGAUCACAGCUGCUCCUGCAGAGCCGGAGGUGAGGGGUGGCCGUGCCCCAGAGCAGGGCUGGAGGCUACCAGGAGUGUGGCAGGUCCCACUUGCAGUGCUGUCCUUCGCAGGCAGCAGGGACUGGCAGGGGUACGGUGGCAUUGUCCACCUCGGACAGCCUGGAGCCUGGCUGGGAAGAGGGGGCAGGGGAGCACCAGCGGCAUCACCUGGCACCCUGCCCCUGCUGUGCCAGGGCUUUGUGCCACGUCUCACUGGCACCAGUGUUCCUGUGCUCUCUCUGUACUGGUGUGCUGGGGAAACCCUUGAUCUGCAGAAUAAACCACAUCAGGGAAGCGCUGUUCUCUGCUGGGUCCCUGCCCUGGGGAGCCACAUCCCAGAGCCACGUGGUCAGAUUGAAGCCGGGUUCCUUGCCUGUGCCAGAGCUGAGGAUCUGCUCCCUGCUCUGGCCAGGCCUUGGCUGGCUCCUCCAUUAGCUGGAGUAUCUUGGGACAGGGUGAGCCUCUGUCCAGGGCUUCCUUUGGCCACCCUCGGUGGAGGCCCCAGUUCUUCACCCACUGGUCCAGCAUCAUCCCCUGGGAAGCCCCCUGCAUUUCCCAGCUCUGGAAACACCUGUGGGAAGGGCUGAGCUCUGCUCAGCUGCUGGUUUAAAGCCCUGAGCACCAUGGGAGCCGCAGCCUGGGCCGGGAGCUGGGUGCUUGGUGGCUCCUGGUGCCCCAGGGAGGGGCAGGGAGCAGGAACCAGGCAGAAUGGCACGGCCAGGAAGGGACGUGCUCGGCUGCAGCAGGCAGGGAAUGACCCUGGGCACCCAGGGAGGCGAUGCUGGAGCUGUGUGGGCUUUGCCUGUUGUUUAUAGGCUGUGCUGCCAUCCAGCAGCUGGGAUACCGUGGGGGAACCUGCUCAGCAUCCCGGGCCCGAUGCCAGGGAGGAUCAGCAGUGCCCUCCUGCUCAGGUCGGGAGUUUCCACUCGCUCUGUGGGCAGACCGUGGGGAACCACUGGCUGUGGCUGGCACAAAUGGGACACCGGGAUGGGCCAGCACCCUGUCCCUAUGGGAAACUAGUCUCUCCAGAGGUGCAAAUCCCAAGUUUUGCC